AUGUAUAACUGCAAUCAUGAUUUGAAUAUCAUUCUAUAUUUUGGGCUGAAGGGUAUAAAAACCAAAACUUCAAGAAUUAAGGAGAUUCAUUUCAGUCUGCCAGAAAGAGAUCAAAUACUAAUUUGUUUUGAUGGUGCAGCAAAAGGCAACCCUGGGGUGGCAGGUUUUGGAUUUAUUGGGAGAAACAAUAACAAUGAAUGUGUGGGAGCAAUGGUUGGUGGUCUGGGUAUUGCAACAAACUUUGUAGCAGAGAUGAUGGCUUUAGUAAUGGCAGGUGAAUGGGCAGUGUCUAAAUCUCUCCUGAAUGUAGUUUUCAGUCUAGAUUCUCAGGCUGUUUUGAAGGCUUUUACUGGUAAUGCGAUUCCUUGGAUGAUUCUUAAUAGAUGGAAAAAAGUAAUGUCACAGCUGAGAAGUGUAUCUUUCAGACAUGCUUACAGAGAAGCAAAUUUUUCAGCUGAUAAGAUUGCUAAAAAGGGGGCUACUUUGAGCAGAGGUGAAAUAGUGAGAUAUGAGAAUAAACCAAGUUUUAUAGGAAAUAUGGAAGAUAUGAAUACUACAUACUUUAGAUUCUACUGA